UCUGCCUCUUUCUCACUGACAACCCAGUGACUACCGGUCAUCAUGGACGCCCUGAAGAAUAUCCUCUCCCCGGUCCUGGGCUCUAGCGGCAAUGGGAUUCAGGACACUCUUAAACUCGUCGUCAUCGGAGGCACCGUAGAGACGGCGCGGCGCGCGUCGGUCUCCGCCUGGAACGGGUUCGUCGACUCGUUCUUCCUCACCGCGCACUUCAGCCAGGAGGACUACCCCUAUGAUUGGCUCAUGCACUGGCUGUCCAAGCAACCUGCCUGGGGCCGCAGCCGUGAGUUCGACAUCACCACGCGCUCCGGAGGCCGCAGCAGCCUGACGCAGGCCACGACGGGCGACCUGGAGGACGAAGAGGGGGAAGACGAUGAUGAGCUCGUGCACGGAAGGCGUAAGCGCAAGGUCGCGUUCAUGCCCUCCCUGGACACGACGCACACCAUCUACUACCGCGGCCACUGGCUCCGGAUUACGCGCACCAAGCGCUAUGCGGACUACGGUGGCGAGGCGCUGAAGAUUAGUGUCGUUGCCCGCAACAAUGACAUUCUCAAGAAGCUCGUGCUGGAGGCCAAACGGGAAUACGAGAAAGACGCCGAGCACCGCGUGCAUAUAUUCAUGGCGGACACGUCCUAUGGUUGCUGGCGCUGGAACGGCGCGCGCCAGAAGCGGCCCAUGAGCUCCAUCGUCCUCCAGCCCGGCGUCAAGGACAUGCUCCUCGCUGACUGCAAGGACUUCCUCGCCUCUGAGGAGUGGUACGCCGAACGUGGGAUUCCCUUCAGGCGAGGGUACCUGCUGCAUGGUGUACCUGGGAGUGGCAAGACGUCGCUCAUUCAUUCGCUCGCCGGCGAGCUCGGGCUCGACAUUUACGUCGUGUCGUUAUCGUCGAAGGGCAUGAGCGACAACACUCUCACGACGCUGAUGGGCCAUGUCCCGUCUAGGUGCAUCCUCCUGCUCGAGGAUCUUGAUGCCGCGUUCACGCGCGGUAUCUCUCGUGACGCCAACUCGACGGGUGUCCCGACUACCACCACCGCGACCGUCAGCACCUCGAAGGAUGCUAACAACAACAACGACAACAACGACGGUUCCACGCUCAGCCUGAGCGGUCUGCUGAACAGUCUCGAUGGCGUUGCUGCGGCAGAGGGCCGUCUCCUCUUCGCGACCACGAACCACAUCGAGCGCUUGGAUCCCGCACUCAGCCGCCCCGGCCGCAUGGACGUCUGGGUGAACUUCACGAACGCGACCAAGUGGCAGGCGGAGGGCAUCUUCAAGUGCUUCUUCCCCGCCGCGCGCCCCGCGGCUUCUCCGGCCGCAUCGAGCGCGGACCUCAGGGAGAAGGACACGUCGCAGAAGAACCUGCCGGGCUCGAAGCGCCGCGCGCAGGCGGCGCCCAUGCUGAGCGAGGAGGAAAUCUCGGACCUUGCGAAGCGCUUCGCGGAUGCGAUCCCGGAGGACGAGCUCAGUGUUGCGGCGCUGCAGGGGUACCUCCUGAAGAACAAGACACGCCCUCGGGAGUGCGUGGACGAGGUCGGCGCGUGGGUCAUCUCGGAGCGCGAGACGCGUGAGAAGAUCAAGGCUGAGAAGGAGAAGGCGGAGCGCGACGCCAAGGAGGCGAAGGCGAAGAAGGACAAGGAGGAGGCGGACGAGCUCAAGAAGAAGGAGCAGGAGGAGAAAGCAGCCAAGGAGAAGGAGCAAGCCGAGAAGGAGAAGCUUGAGAAGGAGAAGGCGGAGAAAGAAAAGGUCGAGCGCCGUGAGCGCCGCAAGUCCAAGAAGGUCUCUACUUCUGAGGCACCUAAGACUGAGACCACCGUCGCGGCCGCGCCGGCUGAGAAGCCUGCCGAGCCGUCCUCUGAGUCGUCCUCGUCGAGCUCGUCCGACUCGGAGAACACGACCGGCAUCGACGCGGAUACGGAAGAGAGCGCGACGUCUGAGGAAGAGACGGACAAGAAGCAGGCCGCGCAGGAGCCCAAGGAGAAGUGGGUUGCCGUCAGCGUCAAGGACAAGAGCGACGACGCCGCCGCGCCCGCGGAGGAGCCCGCCCUCGAGCCCCCCGCGCCGCCUCCGGUCGCCGCGACCGCGCCCUAGUUUGUAGGCGUGUGCGCAUGUCGCUCGGCCAGACUUCAGUCAGCCCCGCGACGUUUCCGGCCUUCACGGCUCUCAGUGCUCGUGUUCCGCCCCCCGCGAUGCGGCCACCCAUGGCCCUCGCCUCUCGACUCGUGCUGCGCUCCGUUAUUUACAGCCUCGGCGCUCCGACCCUGCCUGCUUUCCUUGACCGCGAUGCGAUGCUCCUCCCCUAGUGGGAGUAGAGGGCAGCGGGAAGGACGGCGGAUCUCCGGUGCCCCAUUCGUGCUCGGUGCAUGGAGAGCACCAGGCGCACCGGACCUAUCUCUGCCUUGCGGCGCCUUCCUGCUCGCCUCGGACGCUUAUGAUAUCUGGUAUCGUUACGACUCGAUUAACUUUACGAUAGUUACUGCAUGUUCUGGAAUCGUAUAUGGUCCACUAGACAGGAAUCAAUAUUUCUGCGUACAUAA